CCGCUAGCCAUUGGCGGCGCUGCGGUGAGAGGCUCCAAAGCCGACAGCAGCCCUGGGCGGAAAGUGAAAGUAUAUCCUCAACAGGUGGGCGGCUGCUGCAGGAGCGCGCUUGUGAGAACGGAUGGCGGUUGCGCGCAGAAAACUCUUGCAAAGCAGGCAGGUGAGGGCUCUCCUUCUGUUUCUGUGCGUAUCUGUGGGGGGUGCGGCAACCAUCCGCUAUUCCGUGGCCGAGGAGAUGGAGAGCGGUUCGUUUGUGGCUAAUGUGGCUAAGGACCUGGGGCUGGAGGUAGGGAAGCUGGCAGCGCGCGGGGCGCGGCUCGUUUCCGAGGGCAACAAACUGCAUUUCCGGCUCCACCGCAAGACCGGGGAUCUGUUCGUGAAGGAGAAACUGGAUCGGGAGUCACUUUGUGGCAAAGCCGACCCGUGCGUUCUGCACUUUGAAAUAGUGCUGGUGGAGCCGCUGCAGUCCUUUCGUGCGGAGGUCAGGGUAUUUGAUAUCAAUGACAAUGCCCCGGUUUUCCUAAACAAGGAGCCACUUUUAAAGAUUCCGGAGAGCACUCCCCUGGGUUCACGUUUUCCUCUGCAGAGCGCCCAGGAUCUGGACGUGGGCCUCAACGGCCUCCAAAACUACAGCUUGAGCGCCAACGCGUAUUUCCACUUGCACACCCGCUUCCGCAGCCACGGGCCCAAAUAUGCAGAGCUCGUGCUGGAUAAACCCCUGGACAGAGAGGAGCAGCCCGAAGUCAACUUGACAAUUACAGCGGUGGAUGGCGGGUCCCCGCCCAAGUCUGGCACCGCCCACAUCCGCGUGGAGGUUCUGGAUGUCAACGACCACGUGCCCCAGUUCUCCCGGCUGGUGUACCGCGCUCAGGUACCCGAAGAUAGCGCCAAUAGUUCUUUAGUGGCCACGGUGACUGCCACGGACCUGGACGAGGGCUCUAACAAGGAUAUAACUUACUCUUUAGCUCAAAACCCAGAAACAAUUCUCCAGACGUUUCAGAUUGACUCUCAAACUGGAGAGGUUCGGCUACGAGGGCCCCUAGACUUUGAAACGAUUGAAACAUAUGAUAUUGACAUUCAAGCCACUGACGGAGGAGGCCUCUCGGCCCACAGCAAAGUCCUGGUGGAAGUGAUGGAUGUGAAUGACAAUCCUCCUGAAGUGACGGUCUCCUCUGUGUCCAGCCCUCUCCCUGAGGACUCCCCACGGCAGACUGUAGUGGCCCUGUUCUCUAUCCGAGACCGGGACAUUCGAGUGGGAGGAAAAAUCACCUGCUUCCUCAAAGAAGACCUUCCCUUUGCAGUCAAACCUACCUUCCGGAAUUCGUACUCGCUGGUCACUGAUAGAGGCUUGGAUCGCGAGGAAGUCUCAGGCUACAAUAUCACCCUUGUUGCCAUGGAUACCGGACCACCCAAUCUGUCCACGGAGACUUUGAUAGAGGUACUAAUAGCUGACAUUAACGACAACCCCCCAGUAUUUCAAAAAGACUCCUACAUCUUGACUGUUCGUGAAAACAACAGCCCUGCAGUUUUUAUUGGCAAAGUCCAUGCUGAGGAUUUAGAUCUGGGUGAGAAUGCCCAAGUAACGUAUUCUCUGCUGCCUCCAGAAAGUGGAGACCUAUCAGUCUUUGCUUAUAUCUCCAUAAAUUCAGACAAUGGGAAGCUCUAUGCACUGAGAACCAUGGAUUAUGAAGCCAUUCAAAAUUUUCAGUUUAUGGUAAAGGCAACAGAUGGGGGCUUCCUGUCAUUGAGUAGCCAGGUUACUGUCAGAGUAGUCGUCCUGGAUGACAAUGACAACCGCCCAAUGAUCUUGUACCCACUGCAGAAUGGCACACUGCCCUGCAAUGACCUGGUGCCCAGGUCUGCAGAGGCCGGCUAUCUGGUGACCAAGGUGGUGGCUGUGGAUGGUGACUCAGGUCAGAAUUCUUGGCUUUCAUAUCAUCUGCUUAAGGCCACUGACCCUGGGUUAUUCUCUGUUCAACAACAAAAUGGGGAAAUUCAUACCUCACGGCAGAUAUCUGAGAGAGACCCCAUGAUACAGAGACUGACCAUUCUUGUCCAGGAUCAUGGACAACCAGCUCUCUCCACUACUGCCUCCCUUAACGUCCUGCUGGUAGAUGGCUUUUCUGAGCCCUACCUGCAGUUCCGGGAUCCAGCCAAGCAUCCCACAGGGGUAAAUCCUUCCACUAAAUAUUUGGUCAUUUCUCUGGCUGUGCUUUCCUUUCUCUUUCUCCUCUCUGUCAUGGUGAUCUUCAUUAUACACAUCUGCCAGAAGAUCAAAUAUAGAGAAAAGUUCACAGUUCAAGAGCAUUUCUAUGAUGACUGUAAUUUCCCUAACGACCUGGUACAAGGAGGAGCUAAUGGACCUUUAUCCCAGCCUUGUCCCUAUGAACUGUGCUCAGUCACUGGCACCAGCAGUAGUGAGUUCCGGUUCCUUAAGCGCUUUAUGCCCAACUUCCCCUUUCCCCAUGGCACUGGAGAGGUAAAAACAGAGGCUGGCUCCAGUUUACCACCAGAUUCUGAUAGGAAUAGGUCCUGGGGGUCAGAGAGCCGUGCCAGAGUACCUGAUGACUAUAUGUAGCUCAUGUUCUCGAGCUACAUGUAGAUAUUAUUCAUGUCUCCCCAGGAAGUUCAUUGGUCCUGUCCCUGGAAGUGCUUAUUAGUUCCAUAGAGAUAUCCUGUUAUUUUGACUUUAAAUGAUAUUUUCCAGGAGAACAUAUUAUGCAUGCAUAGGGAAGAGAACUAGCUUCCAAUUUUGAUGUAUCAGGUAUCGACUGGGUUUGAGAGGAAGAACAUAGUUUAUUAUUAUUCAGAAGUUUCUAGGUUUUUGUCCCUUCAUGAGUAGAGGCCAUCUCUGAGUCAACAUCUUAGAUGCCAUCAUUCAUAAUCAUGCAAAUGCCUGGUGAAUGGUGGUCUUCAUAGAUAAUCAGUUAAGAUGAAGGGUAAAGAAAAAAAAGGAUUUGACUUAUAUGCAAGUACCAAUUAGGACACAUAUAAGGCUAAAGAGAUUCAUUUCAGGAAUGUACUCCAGUUGUUAGAUGUAGGUUUCGUAAUGGUUGUUUGAGGCAUUUUGAGUGGUCUCAAAUCUCUCUUUAUACACAUAAUGUGUAUCCUAUUCCAUAUCAGAGAGCAGUUAUUUGAAUGUGUACAAUGAAAGGUGGACAAAGAAAAAAUAAGUGAGGCUUGUUGUAGUUAACAAGUGCUAUUGAUUAACUAUAAAAUAAAAAGACAUUAAAGGAAAAAGCUCAUCACUACCAAUUCAAUGGCCUUAAAAAAAAAAGAUACAUCUUCAGGUACUACCAGACUUGAUUUUAAGCCAUUUUGUCCUCUGAGCAUUCUGAAGUAAUGACAUGGAAACUGAGAAGAAGUAUUUCCUAACAAAUUAUUCACAAAAUACAAUGGAGUAGGGGAACAAGUUUGGCUUCUUUUUGAUCAUCACUCUUCUGCCUUCAUAAGCUGUUUUAUUUAUUUAUUUAUUUUGGUAUCAUUAAUAUACAAUUACAUGAACAACAUUGUGAUUACUAGAUUUCCCCCAUUAUCAAGUCCCCACCACAUACUCUAUUACAGUCAUAAGCUACUUUAAAUUCUCUCACUCUAAAAUUAAAGAAACUAAAUAAAACACUAACAUAUUUUGAGAAUGCUAUCAAUACUAACUGUGCCUUAAAAGUUAAAAAGUUUGCAUUAACGAAGUUUUAAUUACUUGCCUUAUUUUAUACAAAUGUGUGUGAAUUCAGACCUAUGUCCUGCACAGAAGGGCGCAAUAUGUAUACCUGGAAUUCCAAAGGCAGAUAGUACCUCUUAAAACGUUUCUCAAAUAUACCAGAUCAUAUUUAUUGAUAUAAGUCCUAUACUUGGAAUUACAAUUGAUACCUAAUGGUACCACCUACCUGUCUAGCUGGUUGCCAAGAUAUACUAAAAAUGAGUGUUAAGUUAUUUUUAAAACUUUGUAGAUGCUUCGAGCAGAAUUAGUAUAACCUAUGGCUGCCUUCAAUAUUUUCCUUAGUACUUUGAGAAUAGAUGAAGCAAAUGCAGAACAUCAAUGAAUUAUCUUUCUCAUUAAUAUGAAAUAUUCUCCAUAAACUGAGUUAUAAUCCUGGUCAUUUGGAGUAAAGGUCUUUCUUGCACAAAACAUAGAAUAAUAUUCCAUGUAUUUAGGUUAGGAUUGCUUAUGGUAUGCUGAAAUCAGAGACUUGAAAUGAGAAAGGACAUAGAAAUAACUUUUGUGGGUUCUAAUUAGUUAAAAUAUUAUUAACUAAAAGCAACUGGAUUAACUGCAUUUGAGUAGUAUUUGUCACUGAUUUACUGUAUUUGAUGGCAGUUAAUGAUGUGAACAUAAUGGAGCCUGGGUGACAUCAGUGAUGAGGAAAGAAAGUGGUAUAGAUAAGUGAUUUUGAGACACUGAAUUCCAAACAGCAGUGAAGUUCACACACAUACACAAAAUGGACAGGAGGUGUACUACUAAAAACUUUAUUUUUCCGUGUAUGGACAUUAAAUUAAAAUGAAACAAAAAUCUAUCAUUUCAUAUCAUGUUUUCAUGAAACGAUAUUUUAAUAUAAAAAUGGUAAGACAACUGAAGGAACAAAACAGCAGCAGACUCACAGAACCCAAGAAUGGA